AUGACAUCGACUAAGGCCCAUUCUUUCCCGAGCCUUACGCCGGGGGAGAUCACUCUGUUAGACCGGGCAGGUGAUGAUCCUCGCGACACGAUAUCUUUCUCUGCGAAGGAGGCGUUGAUCCUCCAGCUGUAUCAUCAGAUCCAGGAACAGCAGCUAGAGAAGGCACUCCUCGAACAAGAACUAGAUUCAGCCUCUGAGGACAAUGAUGAAGAACAGCUGGCUGUCGCAGAACGCGAGCUUCUGGAAGCGAGGGCCACUUAUACUGUCAGAAAGAAGGCAACUAACACAGUGCUGAUAACUGAUCCAAUUUUGAAAGCGGUUCAUUUGAAGGCCGUAUCUCCAGCAGAGCGAGCUCUUGCGCGUCUGAUCAAUCGCCGCGAUGUAUUAUCUUUUGCGCAGGAGAAUUUCACUACUGCACACAUCUCAACAGUCAAGCAGCUCUCAACGCUCGAGGUGGAGAAUUUACAACUUCACCAGAAAACCCAAGAACUCGCCCGGGAACUUCUAACCCUGACCAAAGAUGACGAUUCCUGGAAGGACCAGCUCGAUGACCCAGGGCUCAAGCAGCAACUGGUGCAGCUCGAAGCAGAUCACAAGAAGAGUAAAGCGAAGUGGGAAACGAUGAAAAGCGUUGCGAGUGCGAUUGUUGUGGGCAGUGGAGUAAAUUGGGCUGAAGAUGAAGACCUCACUGCUCUCGUACUGGAUGAGUCUGAUGACUGA